AUGGGCCUUUUUUCCACAGCGCGCCUUGUUGUGCUUGUCAUUUCAAUCGUGUUCGCCACGAUUGUCCUCGGCCUGGCUGCUGAUUUGGUUUCCAUCACGGAAUCCAAUGCUGGCCUUUACUGGAAUUUCAGCGCCCUGGGCGUGGCGACAGCCGUCCUUACCUUCGUCACUCUCAUCCCUAUGGUCGUGAUCGAUGCUUACCGACGAGGAGCGUUCACCUCGCGGGUCGUAGUAGAAGCUGUCUGGCUCAGCAUUCUGUGGGUUCUGUGGCUAUCCACAGGUGCUUAUGCCGCAUACACCGACAGCUUGGUGUUCAUUGGAUCCGAUUGCAGCUUCGUCAAUCCGACUGCUUCACUCGUAUGCGGCGAGUUCAAAGCCAUUGAAGCGUUUUCAUUCUUGACGUGGCUCAUCCUGAUGGGUUAUACCGGAACCCUCAUUGUAUUCGCCUUCAUCGGUCAGAGCCGAGGAAACAACUCGUGGACAACGACCGUCCGAGAUGCCUCUUUCCUUGCUCACCCGGCCCCGAAAGGCCCUAUCGACGGUACCCCCAUGGAACAACACUACGCUCCGCCAACGCCGCAACCCACUACUUCUACGACGCCCAAUUAUGUCCCCAUGCAGGUCAACUAUUCGUCACCCUCCCAUGGAGUCGCGCAAGUUUAG